AUGUUGUUCUCGCCGAAAAUUGGUCUAUUUCUCAAAACUCCUGUCAACAUUAUCGAUUUUAUCGCGACGAUUUCGUUCUAUAUUGAUUGGGCACUCGACAGUGUGUUGUCCGGAGCGAAUCGAGAUUCCGUCGAAUUCUUCUCAAUAAUCCGAAUUCUUCGACUGUUCAAGCUCACCAAACAUUCCGUCGGACUGAAAAUACUUAUUCAAACCUUCAAGGCAUCUGCUCAGGAGUUGUUCCUCUUGGUGUUCUUCGUGUUGCUUGGCAUCGUCAUCUUCGCAGCGCUUGUCUAUUAUGCUGAGCGUGUUGAGGACAAUCCCGACAACCAAUUCAACUCAAUACCAGUCGGAUUAUGGUGGGCAGUGAUCACCAUAUGCACAAUCGGAUUUGGCGAUUUAGUUCCAAAGACGUAUCUUGGUAUGAUGGUAGGUUCAGUGUGUGCGUUGAUGGGAGUGCUAACGAUCGCGCUACCAGUUCCAGUUAUUGUUUCCAAUUUCGCCAUGUUCUACUCACAUGCUCAGGCCAGGUCGAAACUGCCGAAGAAACGGCGACGAGUUCUGCAACCUCAUGAGAUCAAGCCGUUCGCGGGUCGCUCAACGACGGCUACACUUCUGAACUCCCUCGGGCCUAAACCAAAUUUCACAGAACGUAUCGGUGAUGGAAUAGGAGUUUUCGCACCCACUCCAUUGCUAGUGUGUCCUGAUCCUUCGAUGAAUGUGCGUAAUAGUCCGGUACGAAGCAAAGUGAAUAAAAUGUUAUAG